CUCGUGGGACCACUUGACGACAAGUCGACCUCUGUGACUCCACAGAGCCACAUGGUCUGAGCAGCACAGUGAAAUGAAGUUGGUUUGGUUUUUGUAUUUUGCAGUCCCGCUGCUGGAGGCGGCGCAGUUGUGUCAGAAGGACGUCUACGGCGUCAGACGCUACAACGGCAAGGUGUGCGCCAGCACCACGCGAUAUGUUGACGGCCACCGUGGUGCCUGUGGCUGUGGACCCCGCAACACUGACACCCCCUUCACCUGGAACAUGCAGCAGUUUCUGACAGCACCGUCAGAGAGGUACUUUGACAACGGCGGCAGCAGUCUGUGGUGUGGACGCAACUGCGGAAAAUGUGUGAAACUGACUCCGACAGGUGGUUUUGUACCCGGUGAGGGAGACGCCCCUCCUAACAAUAACUCAAUCGUUUUCAUGGUGACUAAUGCCUGCCCCAUCAUCGGUAAUGAGAAGUGGUGCGGCAUUCAGGGCAAACCAGGAACAAAAAGCGUGAACACAUACGGAUACGAAGUUCACUUCGACUUGCAGAACCAGGCUGGUCAGAUCGACAGAAUUUACUGGAAUAACCCGGAAGUGACGUGGGAAGAGGUCACGUGUCCUAGCAACUAUAAGUCGCUGUGGCUCCAGUGCGAGUGCAGUCGCAGUUCAGGUUAAAAGCAACUGGUCAUGUCAGAGGAUCGGUCGACUACAUUACACUAUUUCAAAUACAUCUCCAGCAUGCAGUUGCUGUGCACAGCCGUGCAAACAUUUUCACUGAAGACAGUAAAGAUCGAACAGAAGAGAAAGUCGAGUAGGUUACAUUUAAAUCGUUGAUGUUAAUGUCGAAGACAGCUCGUGUACAAGUUAAGAUCUUUGCCACUGAAAAAAAGAAAGAAGUGCAAUGUGUUAUAUCUCUCAUACUUUCAUGUACAAAUAAAUUCAGUUUCUGCAUAUAGAAGGCUGUUUGUUGGUUAAUCAGCGAAUGAGUUAAUCAGUUGGUGGGGGGGGGGAGAGAGAGUGAAUAAAGAGAUUUUUUGGAUGCCCGAAGAGACAUUAUCCUCAGAUAGAAAACAGAAUUACAUUAAAAGAUUUUUUUUAAAUCGAUUUUUGGGCAAUUCGGCCAAGUUCACUAUAAACAUACUUAUUUUAUGUCGUGUUGGAAGAUUACAAACAUGCUUCAGAGCUUGUAUACCACGCACCACUAGUUUACUGAAAUCAGCAUUCUUAACAAGUUUAACAUUUUAUGUCACAGCAAACUGGGCUGAGCCUCGGGGGGUUUCUUUGGGUACUCUGGUUUCCUCCC